GUCUACGGUCCUCAGGCGGCGGAUGCUCAAACGGUUGUAUCUCAACAUUUGGUACUAAAUCCGCCAUUGUGGUCGCAAGUGCUGCCCCGUGCGAUGUUCAAAAAACGUACUAGACGCCAUCUUGUGCCCCUCAGCCUGACUGCUCGGGAGCGGGGCUAGAUCCGACCAGUUUCCGUCCUAACCCGUCGCCAUUGAAGAAGUGUUUCCGCCUCAUCCACAUCUCCACCUCUAUACACAAUAUAAGAUGGAGUAUGUUGCGGUAUACGUUUUCAAUCGCAGACUGCGCAGAGAAAGGAGAUAUCGGGACCCACUUGACCCACUACACGUUAGUGAUGAACAUCUGUUGCGGGUGUAUAGAUUUCCCCGUCAAGAAAUCAUCAGGCUCUGUGAUGAGCUGCGUCCCCACCUGGAAAGGAGAACCAGGAGGGCACAUGCACUCCCAACUCACACCCAGGUUCUGGCUGCACUAAGGUUUUUUGCAAGUGGCAGCUUCCAAACUGUUAUUGGAGACACUGUUGGAAUGGACCAAUCAAGUGUUAGUAGGGCCAUUGACAAAGUAACUCAAGUACUUUGUGUAAAGGCCAGUCAAGAGAUAAAGAUGCCAACCACAGCAAUAGAUAUCAACAGAGCUAUGCAGGACUUCAGACGCACUGGUAACUUUCCAAGAGUGAUAGGUGCCAUUGAUGGAACCCACAUUCGCAUCAAGGCCCCAGAGGAAAAUGAAGAGAUUUAUGUCAACCGGAAACAAUUCCACUCCCUAAAUAUACAGGCUGUGGGUGACACCAACAACAAGAUCAUCAGCUACGACACCAGUUACCCAGGGAGCACACAUGAUUCCUUCAUAUGGAGACACUGUGCCCUUAAGCAGCGGUUCCUUGCUGGUCAUUUUGGAGAUGCUCUUUUAAUAGGAGACAGUGGGUAUCCUCUGGAGCCAUUCCUGAUGACCCCAGUUGUACACCCGACAACACCUGGGGAGGAACGCUACAACCAGAGCCAUCGAAGGACAAGAUGCAUUGUUGAGCGGACGUUUGGGAUCCUCAAGUCAAGGUUCAGGUGCCUUCACGAGUCAGGAGGAAGUUUGCAGUACGACCCCGAGAAGACAAUGAAGAUUGCGACUUCUUGCAUGCUCCUGCACAACUACUGUGUGGAUCGUCGCAUUCCCUAUGUUGGUGAUCUUGUGCAAGAAGAAGAAGUACCAGUUCAGCCUGUGAGAGACAACAGACAGGUUCCUGGUCAAGUUGUCAGGCAGGAAAUUAUUAGAAAC